AUGGGUAACACCAUCAUGAAUAACACCAUCAUGGGUAACACCAUCAUGGGUAACACCAUCAUGGGUAACACCAUCAUGGGUAACACCAUCAUGGGUAACACCAUCAUGGGUAACACCAUCAUGGGUAACACCAUCAUGGGUUACACCAUCAUGGGUAACACCAUCAUGGGUAACACCAUCAUGGGUAACACCAUCAUGAGCUCAAGCUCAACAGAACUGAAGCAUUUAGGUUGCUGGAUCCUGGAACAGGACAAUAUUCCCGCCAUUUCGUCCCUGGAACAUAAUAUAGGGAGCGAUCAUUUGAGUGAUAAUUACUGGGAAAGACCCGAUCCUGUCAUGGCGUGCGCUAAAGCUGCAUCAUCGCUCGGUUACAACGUAUUCGCUGUGUCUAAUCGGGGAUACCGACAAGGAGGUGAAUGUUUUGCUUCUUGCUCUGCAGCCAAAGAUUUCGCUAACUACGGCGAGAGGAACGCCGCAUGCAGCAGAACCGGGACGGGAGGCUGGAAGAGUAUGAACGUAUACAGUCUUGAUGCAACGAUCUAUUUGGGCUGCAUAAAGAAUAAGAUGACAGGAUAUGUAAUACCAGAUCUGGAAGCUACCCACAACGCUCUUUUCGGACAACCCCACCGGAGGAAACACAGUGUGGAAAAGUGCGGAGCUAUUGCCAGAAGUAGAGGUUACAACGUGUUUGGUGUUACCAAAGGAGGCCGCUGUUUGGGGAGCGGGGACGCUUAUAAACUAUUCACUGAACACAGUAAUACGGCUGGACCGGGCAAAGACUGUCUUUACGAAAAAGGAUCGGAGCACUCAAUAUCAGUGCAUUUAACAACGGGAAUAUUGGAGUUCCCUUCCAAGUCUUCAAGAAGAGGGAGAGGAAGAAAACAAAGAUUAACGUAGAAUGACCAAAAAUAUCCUGAUUAAAAGACAACCCUCCUGUUCCAUCAGUAUUAUCAGACGAACUUCUAGCUUCAAUUUAGGGGAAACUCUCCGAACUGUUCCCUAUAAGGGAUACCAACACCUAGUUAAAGAAAUUAGGCUCAUCUUUGUCAAGAUGGUGCAUGCUAUGUUAGGAUUUAUUUGAUAGAAACGGCAUGAUAUUCUAGGCCCUAUUUGAUAGGCUUAAAUAAAGAAGUUUAUCAACCUCACAGUUGGCACCCACAGUCCAUACAUGCCCCAUACAUGCCCCAUAUGAUAGGUAUAAAUUCAGGAACAACAAGGCAUUCUAAUUGGCUCUUUUUUUGAUAAUUCUAAAUUGAGGAGUUUAUCGAUCAAGGAGCUGAUACUAUUGCUAUUAACCAAGCAGCCUGAUAGGCCCUAUUUGGUAGUUCUAAAUUAGGAGCUUAUCAACAAGAUAUAUGAAUAGGCCUUUUAUGACAGGCCUUAAAAAUAAGCUUAUUUGAUAGGCCGUCCCCUAGCCCCCUCCCCCUUAUCUUUUAUAGACUGACUCUGUUUUUGUCCCUCCAGAGAGGUGCCCUGGGGGGUCCGGGACUCUAGGGCGUAAGACUCUAGGGCGUGAGACUUUAGGGCGGCGCCCUAACCCUAACCAUCACCCUAACCCUAACCCUAACCCUUAUCCUAACCCUAACCCUAACCCUAACCCAAACCCAAACCCUAACCCUAACCCUAACCCUAACCCUAAGACCCUAGAGUCUUACGCCCUAGAGUCUUACGCCCUAGAGUCCGGACCCCGCCCUGGGGUAUGGUUACUUCGGUAACUACGGUAACUAUGGUAACUACAUGGGGUAGGUGUAUAAUUGUGUGUUAGAGUGGGUGCAACUGUAAAAUCAAUAGUUAAACUUAAAGAGACUGAUAGGCAUCAAAAUUAAGCUCUUUUUAGAUACAUUUUAGCUUAUUUUAGUACUUACAUAAACCAUUAGUUCUCACAUUACUAGCUUAUAGUUAUACGAACCCGAUUUAGCUUCUAAAAUAUGAGAUUCUAUUUAUUUCAUUUGUUAGGCAAGCAUGCUUAGUCCGCUCUUUCUGCAUCACCACUGGUGUACAAUGACAAUAAGAGCUUAUUGUGAUUAUUUUUGUAGGCUCGGAAAGUUCUCGCACAUAACGUGGCAGUUAGAGCCCGUUUGUAAGAGCCCUAUAUAGAGUUCUAUAUAUUAGAGCACUAUAUAAUAGAGUUCUAUAUAGAGCCCUAUAUUAUAAAUUCUAUAUAGAGUUCUAUAUAUUAGAGCCCUAUACAGCUCUAGCCUCUAUGGCUCAUACGUCGACCCACAAUAACAGGGAUCAGACAUUGAGAAUACAAGAUCCGAGCCUGCAAAAACACAGGCAGUACAGUUGUACUGUUAGGAUCUGGCGAUACUAGUCAGUACUUACUUAUUAGGGUUGAUUGCAACCAUGUGAAGCACCCAAUCAACAGUAGUUUCAGUUUUUAUAUGCUUUGAAAUAUUUUAUGUUAUUAGGAUUGAUUUGACUAUUUGAAUAUUAUGGUAAUGAAUAUUUAAACAAACUAGGUAGCAUGAUUUAGGAUACCGUAUUUAAAAGAUUUAAUCAUUCAUUUAGUCUCAAAAAGGUCAGUUAGCUCCGUCUCCUGAUUGAAUUUCAAGAUCAUUAGGAAGUUAAUAUUUUGUAGAAUGUUCUGCCGCGUGAUGAUAGACAGAUAACAACAAUUAUCGUUUUGAAUAAAAGUUGCAACUUUUUAGAAAAUCAUGAUGAUAUAUUUUUGAGAUUUACUUUUAUUUGUGUAAAUAUAAUCUUUGAUUUUUUCA